UUGGCGAGGGGCGAAACCUCCACUGGUGAAGAACAGAAAAGAUCUCUUCAUUUUUUGGUUUGUACAAAAGCAGUUACACGGUUAGGCAACCUCACUCUGAGUAUCACACAGACGAAUGAGAGGUGGAUUGGAGUAAAACUCUAACAAGCAAAAUAAUGCAUCACAAGAUGAAGUGGCUGUUUCUGAUUCAACUACUGCUGACUGAACAGGCUCUGUGCAGCACACCGACACCUCUGGAUCUGAAGAACACUCCAACCUUCAAGACCUCCAUCAUAGAGGAGGGGGACACUAUCAAAGAGCAGCAGAUGCUCCUUAGGUCCCAGGCCCAGCUUGGUCUCCCACCAGGUGCAGCAGAGAGUGCAGCCCCUGAAGAGUGGGUGGUGCAGGAUGAAGCCAGGGCCAAAUCAGCCCAGCGUUUGGUCACCAUGCUGAAGGCUAAGCUGCAGGGUCGGCUCCUCCUCCAGGCCAACGCCAGCUGUGUGGAGCUGCUGUCUGCCUCAACCAUGCAGGACCCCUCCUCCCCCCUGUUUCCCCGGGAGCUCCUGGGCCUGUCCCUGGUACCGGUGCUGGUGGCGGCUGGCUGUCCCCAGGAAGCUCAGACCCUGGUACUCAGGCUGUACAACCUGCUCGGGGUGAAGGACACCGAGGAGCUCCUGAUUGAGGUGGAGAGCCUGAUAGCAAGGGGAAGUCCCCACCCCAGGACCACUACACCCCCUGCCUCGCACACGGGGAAGGUUCAAGCCGAGCGCCACCUCCAGGCAGUGAUGUUUAACAUCCAGCAGCUCGCCAGGGCUGGGGAUGCCCGCAAAGGGCUUGGUGCCUCUGAAAGGAGGGGGCAGCAGGAGCAGUGUCAGGGCUGGACAAGGGUGAACGGGACCCUGCUUUUGGGGGAUGCGAUCGAUGGAAGCACAGGGGGGUUGGAGGAGGAAGUGAGGGCCUGUGAGAGCCUGGGGUCCCAGUGUGCCGGUGUGUCCCGUAACAGAGGGCAGUACCAGGCAGUUCUAAAGCCAGGCAGCCGGGUGGUGCCCUCUGAGGACUGUGACUCAGAAUGCUGGAUUAGACAGUGCCAGGUGCAAGACGAGGAGUCCUCCAUGGCCUCGGGAAGGCGGGUGCGGCGUAGCCCCCAGUGGAACUGUGUCAAUAAGAAGGAGGAGCGUGUGUACAACGUAGUGGAGUGGAUCCCCGUCGUCAGCACCCUAUACAACCUGGGCACAGCUGUCUACUACACCUCCGUCAACUGUUCUGAGACAGCCAAGGAGAGAGCCAUCCUCAGCGCAGUCGACCUGGGCACAGACGCCCUUAUGGCCAUCACUGGGGGAACGGUUGGCGUGGCGGGCUAUGUUGCCGGGGCAGGGGUGAAGACGGGGGUGAAAGCUGGGAUCAAGCACCUGUUGUCCUCAAUGAAGCAGCAAGAGGACCUGAUUGUUAAUGAGUACAGUUGGCGGGAGGGAGUGUUCACCAUACAGUAAACAGCUGGUUGGUGGUCCUGGUUGGUGGUCCUGGUUGGUGGUUCUGGUUGUUGGUUCUGGUUGGUGGGCCAGAUAGGAUUUUGCUUCAGCAUGAAGAGAUAAGGUGACCCACAAUUGGUCUCAGGGAACCCCUGAGUCAACCCACGAACAGCUUGACCUCUACUCUAACCCCUCCUUUCAUUCUAACGCCUCUACUCAUUCUAAACUUGUCCUCUCAUUCCAAAGUCUCUUCUCAUCCCAAACAUCUCCACUCAUUCCAAAGCCACUUCUCAUCCCAAACCUCUCCAUUCACCUCAAACAUUUCCAUCUCAUAUCCCAAACCUCUCCUUUCACCUCAGACAUUUCCAUCCCAUAUCCCAAACCUCUCCUUUCACCUCAAACAUUUCCAUCCCAUAUCCCAAACCUCUCCUUUCACCUCAAACAUUUCCAUCCCAUAUCCCAAACCUCUCCUUUCACCUCAGACAUUUCCAUCCCAUAUCCCAAACCUCUCCUUUCACCUCAGACAUUUCCAUCCCAUAUCCCAAACCUCUCCUUUCACCUCAAACAUUUCCAUCCCAUAUCCCAUACCUCUCCUUUCCUCAUUCUAUAGUACUGGUCAGGUGAGACUUGAUUUUCAUCUCUGAUAUAGAUACUUCAGGUGCAGGGACUAUUUUAAUGAAACCUUUUGUGGUUAUUGUUAAUGGCAAAAGAUUAAGAAAAAUUCUAGCUUGCAAUUUGUAAUAAUGUCAACUAAUUGAUUUAUAAGCACUUUUUUGAUACAUUAAAGUCAACAACUUCCCUUUAAAAAUGCAAGUGAAAGUCUUCAUAGCCCACACAAUUCACUCACAAUUCACUCCACAUAUUUCAAGUGAAAGAUCGAUAAGGAAUAUUUUCUAAAUUGUUAAACAUUUAAUAAAACAAAUGACUAUUGGUUUCACGUGUCUCCAAGCUCAGGGUUAUUACCUGAUAGGAACACUGUCGGUAGCAGUUUAUAGCUGUGACUAAGUAAUAAUUACAUUGCACCAACUUUGCUCAAGUCUUAGGGCUUCAAAAUGCUUCAAACUCAGCUAAGAUGGUUGGGCAUCAUUUAUAGACAGCAAUAUUCCAAUGCUGUCUUUGAUUUUAAAUCGUUCAGAUUUGAUCUUUAAUUUUAGCAAUAUUCUCACUGAAGAAUGAAACCAUUUCCCAAAGUAAGAUUUAUGGAAUACUGAGAUGGAUUUGCUCUAAAGUUGUGUUAUUGAAUUUAACUGAAAGAAACCUUUAUAUCAACGUCCCUUAAUAAACCAUUGAAAACAG